GUUUCCAAUGUUCUCGCAUGCUCAGAGCUGCAAGAAUACCAAGGCUCGUUCGUAGCCCCCGCUUCCUAUGGCUUGCAGCACCCCUCGUCGUCGGUGGCGGCGUCCUCGUCAUCACCAGACAGCCUCAGACCCUGCAACAUAGCGACAUUCUCAGCUCACCGGCUCUCAUACCGCGUCGGGCUGCACUCAACCCCACGAUUCUGUCACCUUCAGAAGACAAUCUUACUCUCAAGUCCAGCAUUCUCGAGCUGCUCCGCGAACAUGUGUGGGAGCCAAUACGUACAGCAGUUCGUUUUCUGCGCCUAUUCGCGCUGUUCUUUCCUGUGAUCCUCUCGAGUCCAAUGCUUCUCGUCGGCCGACCAAUGAAAGAGUACAAAGGAGAUAGAUGGGGAGCUGUUUGGUGGUACGGUUACCUUGUACAGCAGAUGGAAGCAGCUGGCCCGACAUUCAUCAAGUUGGCCCAAUGGGCUGCAUCCAGAGUCGACCUUUUCCCCCCUAUCUUGUGCGAACGGCUCGGCGCCCUUCAUUCCCAGGGAACUCCUCACCCGUUCUCUCACACAAAGAAAGUCGUCGAAGCCGUCUUCCAGCGCCCAUUCGAUCAGGUCUUCGAGGAAUUUGAUCAAACUCCAAUUGGAUCAGGUGCCAUUGCCCAAGUUUAUCGCGCAACUCUCAAGCGGGACCUCAUUCCUCCUUCAUAUCAUGGCCCCAGGCGCACCCGCCAGGUUGGUGGUGCACUUGGUCCCAUCAUUUUGGAGGACCCUCCCCCUUCUGCGCCGACCGCCUCGGUUGCUAUCAAAAUUCUUCACCCUCGAGUGGAAAAGACCAUCUCCCGGGACCUAGCCAUCAUGCAUUUCUUCGCAUCAUGUAUCUCCCUGCUCCCUGGCAUGAAGUGGCUUUCUCUUCCAGAGGAAGUUUUGGUCUUCGGCGAGAUGAUGAAUCAGCAGUUGGAUUUGAGGCACGAAGCCGACAAUCUCAUUACCUUCGAAGCCAAUUUCGCCCCGAGGAAGGUUCCCGUCACCUUCCCGCGGCCAUUAAAGAUCUGGUCGAGUAAAGAUAUACUCGUCGAGGAAUAUCAGAACGCCUUGCCUCUGGAAACAUUUUUACGAAAUGGCGGUGGCCCUUACGACUAUCAGAUUGCGACUGUUGGUUUGAACGCGUUUUUGACCAUGCUGUUACUGGAUAAUUUCGUCCAUUCCGACCUCCACCCUGGAAAUAUCAUGAUCAAGUUCAGCAAGCCCCCUACAACUCGAAUUCUCCUCCAGAAUCUGUACAACCAUUUCUUCCCUAGCUCUGUCGAUCAAUCUACCUCCGAUGUGUCGUCGGCCUCACUAAUGAUCCCAGCGGAUUACUCCCAAUCCGAUGAGAUUGUCGCCAGGCUACGUAAAGUCUCCAAUUCGCCAGAUGAAUGGAGCCGGGAGCUACUCAAACUCCACUCGGGAGGAUACGUCCCCGAAAUCGUCUUCAUAGAUGCCGGACUCGUUACCACUCUCAACGACACCAACAGAACGAACUUCCUGGACCUCUUCAAAGCUGUGGCCGAAUUCGAUGGAUACAAGACCGGUCAGCUCAUGAUCGAGCGAAGCCGAACGCCUGAACUGGCCGUGGACAAGGAGACGUUUGCGUUGAAGAUGCAGCACCUAAUUCUCAGCAUCAAGCGCAAGACGUUUAGCCUGGGACAGAUUAAGAUCGCCGACCUUCUAACGGACGUGUUGAAGAACGUUAGAAAGCAUCGGGUGAAGAUGGAGCCCGACUUUAUUAACACCGUCAUUUCCAUUCUGUUGUUAGAAGGUAUCGGGAGACAGUUGGAUCCCAAGAUGGACUUGUUUGCGAGUGCGUUGCCCAUUCUCCGCCAACUGGGAGGGCAAAUGGCGAUGGAUACCAAGGUGGAGGGACUGCCUAGUGCCAAAGAUCUUCCAACGAGCGAUCUUGCGGCGUUGUUAAAAGUGUGGGUGUGGAUAGAAGCGAGGAGUUUUAUUUCUGGCGCAUUGGUGGAUAUGGAUGCGUUAAUUCAGCGGGAUUGGUUAACCCCGAAUAUUUAGAACAGGUUUACAUGUUCAUCACAAAGACAGUAGUCACAACCAGUGGCUUUCGGUUUCACUCCGCUGCUCUCACCAUCUGUAUUGUAUAGCCUAUCUAUAGACUCUCAACUUAAGU